AUGAAUAUAGUGUACAAACUUGGAGGAACUUUGGCAGCAUCCUCGCAAGAUAACCGGCCCGCGGAAGCGUUUUCGAUUAAUGUGCACAAUUGGAGUUUCGGCAGUGCAGUGACCCACUGGACGCUUGCCGACUGGUGUCAUCAAGGACCUGACCUUGUAGCGGCAAUAUGUCUCGUUACCGGAAGCGAAAACGCGAGUCCGCAGAACAGUUUAGGUGUGGAAGGACCGCAGAGUGCGAAAACGCCAAGUGUUUUGGUGUUUCACGCGGAGUCGCCGCAAGAGCUGGUUGUGUUGGCGGCACCAGCCGGGCUUUGGCCGAACGCCCUAUCUUGGCGGCCACCGCUGGACACUAGAUUGUUCAGAGUCAUCACGAACAGAGAGGGCAAACAACGAGUUGCUGAAUUCGCGGAUGUAGAGCAGAGCCAGCAGUUGGUUUUCGGUGCUCGUUCGAAUUGGCCAAGGCUUCUCGUUCUGCAUGGUUGUUCCUUGUGGCGAAUAUGGGGACCUCAUGCCUCUGGUUUUCGGGUAAAUCGUUGGCGGAUCACACACGAGGAAGAAUGCAUGUGGCAACUUCGAGAUAUCUCCUGGAUGCCUCAGUUGGACCUGCCUCUGAUAGGGGUUUGCGGGCUUGCGGCGAACGGGGAAGUGCAACUCUGGAUUGCUCCAGAUACUGAAGAUGACAAGGGCUUGUUUGCAGUACACACGCUAACCAUCUGCGAACCGCGGAUCAUACUCGGGCAACUUAAUUUCAUCAAUCCAGCUGUCAGCUAUUUUUCGUACGGCGAUGCUGAACUGCAUCAGCCCUGCGCUGCAUUUCUAAGAUCGGAGCAAUCAUCCGCUGAAGACAAAAAUGGGAUAGCGAGCAUCCAGACUGAAGAUUGGCGGCUUGUUUGUGCGCGUGUCGUCUACGCAACGCAGGAUAACGACGAUUGCUUCCAGGUAUGUGAGAUUGGAUUUCUGAUUCCCUGCACGAGACAAUCCAACGCAGAGACUUGCAACGCUGUGCAGCCGCUGCCGGACCGUGUUCGAAUCAUCGCAAAACCUUUGGGAUCGAUCUGUCUCUCAACGAAUCGUUCCGGAGCAAGUGAGUUUCCCACAGGUGCUGAUCCGCUCGUGCCAAGCGCUGGGCUCGCAGCCGAAGCACCAGCUGUGCCCUGUCGAUUUCAGAUAUGUCCCAGCACUGGAGAUAUUUUCAUCGUCAUCGAGCGUCGCGAGGUUCAGCGGUGGCGCUUUGACUCCAAAACCGCCCAAGAUGGGCUCUCGAAAGCCCUGGAGAAUCACACCAUAUCUGGACGAGUCUCUGAGCCGUCACCCAGCGUCGACAGAGAACACGGCCUUUUGGGUGAUCCUUCGUGGUCGCGCGUUGGAAGCUUUCAACACGAGCGGACCAUCGACACAAUGCGGUUGAGCCCAAACAGCCUCUUUGUCCUCCUUGGUAGCGGCGAUGCUACUUUGACGGUCCUCAAGGGUGAUCGGGUCGCAUGGGCAUCGGGCUCGACACUGACAGGAUCUCUGCAGAUCGGUCCUAUGGAGGUCGCAGCGAUGGCGAUCGCACCGUCACCACACGCUGGCUGCGCAUUCGUCCUAACGAAUGCGCCCGUCGAGUUCGGUAGCAUUGUCCAGUUGCCCGCAGAUCACCUGGACGCCAGUUUCAUCGCCAAGACGCUGUGCCGAAUGAUGCAACAUCGCGAGGGAGCAACUGAACGCGUAUUCGACCUCAUUACCCGCAUCAGAGACGAACCCAAGAUAUUUGCCCAAAUCGUCAAGGCUUUGGAGCAGUUACACGCUCCGCGACGCUGCUUUACGAUGUUGAUGCUCUGCCACACGCUCCUAACCCCGCUUUGGUUGGCGCUGAACACCAUAUCCGUACCCGUACGCAUUCUGGAGUCGCUAUCGGGCGUCAUCGCGUGCGCGAGCCACAUGUACGCAUCCGCGGACCACAACAUGAAACCGUUAGACGUUCGACUCGAACGCUUGCGCCUGUUUACUCGCCCUCGUCUCAGCCAGCUAUCAACAGGAGAUUCAGAGCGCAUGUUCUGCGCAGCACAAAAAAUACUCUGCAUGGGCGCUGCCUGGAUUCGACACGCCGCCCUAACGACAAUGCUCUUCAUGCGAGCGGAUGAGCUGCCGCCCUUGUGGGCUGCCUUGCGGCGGCAAGAUUGGGCAUCUAUGAUCCAAUUUAUCAAGCAUCAAGGCGUUGCCUCGGGUGCAGUCGACGACCGACGGGUGACCCCGCGUGACACCGCUGCAGCGGCAGCGGCAAUGGGCGAUUGGGGCGUCACACCGGGCACCGGCAGUGCCACCUCGCAGGUACUGAUCCAUGAUUUCCUGAGAGUAUCGUUUCACUUCGUUCACGACCCGUAUUAUGUUCGCCUUAUCAAUAUCGCUUGCUGUUGCGCUGUUGCAGUUCUAGCAGAGCUGCGCAGUUUGAGUUUGAUACCACGGGAGCUGAUCGCACGCGUUCGGUUACAGUUUGAUCUGGAAACGGGUCACCAGAUUGCGGCUGCUAUCCAGGAUCUCCGCGAUGCCUGGCGUGGUAUGGAUGCGGAGCUGACGCUAUUGCUGCGUACCCAACGUAAUGGCUAUAUGGCAAACUCACCGCGGCCUGCUGACUUGAGUGACGCUAUACGCACACGAUUGGACGCACUCAAGUCAGCGAUUCAUCGGCACAUGCUUGCAAACAUUGCCGUCGCUCAACGUCUUUUAGAAAAUCCUCACUUUGCUCUUGAGCGCCUUGAAGACUGCGCUGGCAUGUUUGGAAGCAGCAUGCGUGGCUUCUUUCUUCGGACUGCGCCUCUGCGCGUAUCGUCGGAUAUGCUCUCUCACGAUGCGGUUACCUGCAUGCCUCUGGAGGCAGCUGCAGGACGUCGGCGAUGUUCACGUACCGGUCUGGUAGCCACUGAGCUUGAGGCCAGUUCCUCGACAGAGGAUGCGCUACUCCAGACGUGGCGGAAUGUAUCGCCUUUUGGUGGUGUCUGGUACGUGGACAGUGCGGCCCCUGCUCAUGAAUUGAAGGCCAAGUCCGAUGUUGGAGCGAACCAAGACUCGUUCGUGCCAUCUGCUGCUGACAGGGAGCCCCGAUCUCCCCGCGACGGUACUGCGACAAUGGUGGAGAGAUUCCCCGACUGGUCGUUGGUGGGCAAUCACCGCGACGUUCUUUUAGCCGAUCUAGAUGAUCUCGGACCUGAUAUCGAUAUGCGCCAUGUUGCAUCAGGUUUGCGAGAUGAAGUUUUUGGCGAAACGCACCGCAUAAACUUGGCCUAG